AUGGAAGACCUCGGAUGCGAUCAAUCGGUCUCUAUAGGCAACGAGGAACGCGUUCCUGCCGUCUCCAUGUCUUCUGAAAGUACAUCAAUCAACACGACAAUCGCUGGCAUAUCCAUCGAGUCACCCGACGUCCUUAGUAGUGCAACACAAACCUCAGCAUCGGCCUCGAUCGUUAAGAAGGAUGGUGGCGAUUCCUUGUCUUUGCAACGGCUUCAACGGUCAAAAAAGUCGCGAAAAUCGUCAAAAUCGCUCAAAAAGAGCUCAUCUGACCACAAACACCGCAAGAAUGGCACCACGCGAAGCACCAGCGGUAUCGACACGCCGUCCGUGACACCGCCAGAGGUCUCCGCAGUUCUUACGCCGGCAUUAGAACCCGAGCGUCCGCUGCUAUCUGACUCACAGUGGGAAACUGAGAUUGCAGAGUUUGGUACAGUGCUCAACAAUGUACUUCAUUGCGUGACGAAUCGUGAGUUAGUAACAAAGACGGCGGAGUAUAUGGCCUCGUUUCCUCAGCACUCACUACGCUUCCAAAUCAAGAUAAAGCAGCGAGCAUAUUCAGAUGGAUCCCGCGGUUUUCAAGCCAAAUUAAUGCUCUUCUAUGUCUUACAUGAAUUCUUAAAGUCAUUUGAAGGCAAACGGUUGCAACAAAUACAGCGCGAAUGGUAUCAGACAAUUGACGAAGUGCUUAAUGCUUGUGCUCGAGAAAUUCGGUACGGUGAUAAGCGAAAUAUGGAGGAGAAUCGAAAGCGUGUUUUUAAGACCCUUGCGCGGUGGGAAGAGCUCAAGUUGUAUCCAACGAAGAUCAAGGCUUGGAAAUGUCUAGUGAUGGGUGAAUACAAACCUCGUCGUGCUCCAGUUAUGUUGCCUCGAAGCGAAACGGAACGACAAGCCGAGGCUCCUGAUCAGCUCCAGUCGUUUGAAUUGCCACCUCCAAGCACACCACAAGUGCAACUCGAUCGAUCUAAUUGUCCAUUAAUCUUUGAGCGCCAGCAGUUUGACACGAAAUCGGAACAAAAGCAGCACUGGCGAUAUACAUCGAUUGCAUUUAUCGACAUUCUAUCUCGAUGUCUCGGUCUAAGCAAUGAAAUUGCACUCACCGCGUGCAUUUUUUUUCAUCGCGUCUUCGACCGAGGUAUUUAUGCAAAAGAACGAUACAAAUUCGCCGCUGCGUGUCUAUUUCUUUCAGCUAAAGCAUCUAGCAAACGUAUGAAACUUUUACGUAUGGUCCGUAUCAUGUACGACAUCUUGGAAACACCACUAUUUGCUGGUGACGAAGAGCUAUUAGAAGUCGAACGUUUGCAGCUGCUUCACUACGAGAUGGAAGUCCUUCAAGGCAUAAAUUUCGAGUUGACCAAUGAAAUGCCAUUUUAUUAUCUUCGCCUGGUAUUGGAGAAGAUGCCCGACAAGUUUCGAAAGUCAAUAGACCACGCCGCACAAUCAGUUCUGGAAGAUUUAUUUUACUUGUCCGUAUGUGUGAAUUUGUCCCCUCGGUUACUAGGCGAGGCAGCAGCUUACAUCGCGACAUGGGACCAGGGCAAAGAUUUUAAGUUUAAAUGGUGCAGUUCAAGUCAAGAUGGUCAAAUUUUCAACGAAAGGAUAGCAAAAAAUGCUUUGCAAAGCUACCGAAUAUUACAGAGAUGGAAAAAAAGUCAGCAGACAGCAUUUGACGCUAUUGUAAAGUCGGCCAGCGCAUUGGAUGGCGAUGAGGCUGUAAAUUUGAAGUUUGCGUUUAAGGAUCAAUUGGGUGGCUUGCGUUUAGACCCAUCUGUUAUCGUGAACGAGUUAGAGUUCACAAAGUUAACGACAGAUGAGGUAAAAGAUUGGUCUAAGGGUAGCAAAACGACAGACCGAAUAAGACGCGAGAAUCAACAUGAUUAUAACUCGAAGACAUACCAAGAUGACAAUGAGGUACGUAUCAAGAUGGAAAGUCGAUCUAGAAACCAGGAAUGCGCAUAUCGAUAUGGACGGAGCGACAACCGGGACCGGCACCGACAAUACAGCCGAAGUCGUAGUGGUAGCGAUUCGCGAUAUAGUAGAGGAAGUGGAAUAACUGCUAAGCAUCAACGUCGUGAUCGAUACGACUACGAUAGCUACGAUGGAAGUGAUCGAUAUCGUGACCAAAAUCGAAGCGAGGACAAAUAUCGUGCUCGAGACAAAGGCUCUUCUUCGCACGUUCGCGAAAUCGAUUAUUAUCGAGAUUCAUCCUAUUUUGAUCGUCGCGAUCGCAAAUCUGGUCGCAGUGCUGAAAGUAGCCGUCGGGAACAUGACAGCCGUAGCAACAGCCGCAGCAGGACCGCGGUCGAAGCCGCAGUUCAAGUCGCAGCCACAGCCGAGAUCACAGCAGCUACUAUCGGACAGAAAAUCUGUCUUUGCCGCCCUCUUCUAGAAAUGGGGGAGUAA